AUGAAACUUCUACUCGGGAUUACUGGAAGUAUUGCUGCAAUUAAAACUAGCGAAAUAGUUGACAAGCUAAAAAAAGAAUGCGAAAAUAAAAAUAUUCCUAUAGAAAUAAAAUAUGUAGCUACAAAUGUUGCAUUUGAAAAAUUUCUGAACAAUUUUAAAGAACAAGUACUCUUAGAUAAAGAUGAAUGGUUAUGGAAAGACCGAGGUGAUGAUAUCCUACAUAUAGAAUUAAGAAAAUGGGCUGAUAUUUUUGUUAUAUGCCCUUUAGAUGCCAAUACACUGGCUUAUAUAUCAAAUGGCGCUUGUCCCAAUUUAUUAACCUCUAUUUGUCGGUGUUGGAAUUUUGAAAAAAAAAUUAUUGUUUUUCCAUGUAUGAACACAUACAUGUUUAAUCAUCCCAUUACAAAACAUCAGCUUGAUAUCAUUUCAUCAUGGGGAAUAAAAGUCAUUCCACCUAUCGAAAAAGUUUUGGCAUGUGGUGAAUACGGUAUGGGAGCCCUUCCAAAUGUUGAAGACGUAGUUAAAGAGAUAGUGGAAUCCAUGAAAACAUUAUAA